AUGGCGCCAGGCGUCGGCGGCUACCGCCAGAUCAACAAGGCGCUCAACAUCUGCGCCUUCGAGGAGUAUCUCGAGACGCAGCAGACGACGCUGCCCAAGCUGCUCGACGUCGAGCAGCUCAGCCCUCGCGUGCUCCGCGUGCUAGGCCAGAAUCCCGGCAAGUUCACGCUCCAGGGCACCAACACGUACAUCGUCGGCACCGGGGCGCAGCGGCUCAUCGUCGACACGGGCCAGGGCAUCCCCGACUGGGCCGGCCUGAUCGCGUCGACGCUGUCGAGCAACGGCUUCUCGCUGUCGCACGUGCUUCUGACGCACUGGCACGGCGACCACACGGGCGGCGUGCCGGACCUGAUCCGGAUGUACCCGGACGUGUCACGGUCCAUCUACAAGCACACGCCGAGCAAGACGCAGCAGCCCAUCGCCGACGGGCAGCUAUUCAAGGUCGAGGGAGCGACGGUGCGGGCCGUGCACGCGCCGGGGCACUCGCACGACCACAUGUGCUUCGUGCUCGAGGAGGAGCAGGCCAUGUUCACGGGCGACAACAUCCUGGGCCACGGCACGGCGGCCGUCGAGCACCUCAACACGUGGAUGGGCACACUGCGGCUGAUGCAGUCGCACAGCUGCGUCACGGGCUACCCGGCCCACGGCGCCGUCAUCGCCGACCUCAAGGGCAAGAUCGCCGGCGAGCUAGCCGGCAAGCUGCGCCGCGAGCGCCAGGCCCUGCAGGCGCUGCAGCGGGCCAAGGACCGCGGGGGGUCGGGGGCCGCGGGCCGCAUGACGGUCAAGGAUCUCGUCACGGCCGUCUACGGGGAUAGCAUGGACAGCGGCGUGCGCGAGAUGGCCCUGGAGCCCUUCAUGGACGAGGUGCUGCGCAAGCUGGCCGAGGACGGCAUGGUGGGCUUCGACAUGCGGGGCGGUGUCAAGCGGUGGUUCUCUGUGAGCUGA